AUGCUGCUCAUGCUGGUGGACACCCUGGCCUUGCUGGGCCUUUGCCUAGACAGUGACCAUGACAUGCAGUGCUGCAAGAACUGUGGCAUCAUGGCCUUCAUUGGUGGUGCACUGGACUUGAGCAUUGCUGUGGAAUCCUACAGCAAGGCCAGGACGGUCGAGUUCUCUUGGACGGUGACACCGCACAUCUGGAUCUUCUUGCUGUCGCACCUCGGAUUUGCAGCAGCCGAAAUCGCAUGGGCUGCUCUCUGCUAUGUUGUUUGCUCACGAAUCGAAGACCAGGCCAUCACUGUGUCUGAAGAAGUUUACCUAGCCACGCAGGAAGAGGCUCGGAUUUACGGCGCUGCUUUGCAGUGGUCUGAGCGGCGCGGCGGGAUAGCAAGUCCCACAUCAGUGAUCAAGGAGGUCGCCGAGGGCUAUCCGGGCAACCCGCAGAAGCUGCCCUGA